UUGCAUUGAGCAGCUGAAGCAGCUCGUGCAGCAGGACCUUCCGUCUGACUCUAGUUGCUCUCUUGCGGCUGACGCACUGCUGCUGCUGCUGCAUCGUCUCACGGCUUCACUUUACAGUUUCCUGAAGGAAUUUCUCACCGGUUCGACGGAGAGCCGCGAAAUUAUCCUCCAAAUCUGAAGGUUUUAAAUCCGCAACUUUCAACAAUCUUUGCUCCAAGUGCAGGAAAGCGCAAAGACCGGACAGAUAACAGCAAACAAUUGCCUCCUGGACUUUUCUAAUCUUUAACUGACCGCUGGAAGCUCCUCCCACUGUCACCAUGAGCGCAUGCGGCAGGAAGGCCCUGACAUUGCUGAGCAGUGUCUUUGCAAUCAGCGGCCUGGGGCUACUGGGAGUGGCAGUCAGCACCGACUACUGGUUGUACCUAGAGGAGGGCGUUAUUAUCCCUCUGAACCAGAGCACUGACAUCAAGACCUCGCUGCACUCCGGCCUCUGGAGAGUCUGCUUCCUGGCCGGCGAAGAGUCCGGCCGCUGCUUUACCAUCGCGUACAUCAUGCCCAUGAAUGUCCAGUUGACGUCAGAGUCCACAGUAAACGUGCUCAAGAUGAUCCGAUCAGCCACUCCGUUCCCUCUGGUCAGCCUCUUCUUCAUGUUCAUCGGCUUUGUCCUCAAUAACAUCGGGCAUGUUCGGCCUCACCGCACCAUCCUGGCAUUUGUCUCUGGCAUCUUCUUCAUCCUCUCGGGUCUGGCUCUGGUGGUGGGUCUGGUGCUGUACAUCUCCAGUAUAAAUGAUGAAAUGCUGAACCGGACUAGGAGCAGUGAGGCCUAUUUUACCUAUAAGUACGGCUGGUCCUUUGCCUUCGCUGCCAUCUCCUUCCUGCUCACUGAGAGUGCAGGCGUCAUGUCAGUCUACCUGUUCAUGAAGCGCUACACAGCAGAGGAGAUCUACCAACCUCGUCAUCCCAGUUUCUACCGCCCUCGCCUCAGCAACUGCUCCGACCACUCAGGCCAGUUCCUCCACCCAGAGGCCUGGUCACGGGGGCGAAGUCCCUCUGAUAUCUCAAGUGAAGCUUCACUCCAGAUGAGCACCAGCUACCCUGCUCUCCUCAAAUGCCCCGACUAUGAUCAGGUUUCUUCUUCACCCUGCUGAGGGGUCGGCCGCCACAUCAGAGGACACCUACAGGUGACUAAAGGGUCAUUGGAGGAUCACAUAGGGGCACAAGGCCUACUGAGUUUUCUUUCAAAAAAAGAGAUACAACUUAGAUAUUUUAACUGUGAGUUUGAUGUUUUUCUGGGAGAAAAAUAUGUGCAGCUUUGACUGUGGUUUAAGGACUUUGGAAAUAUGUCCUUCUGAGCCGCUUGUGGCUUUCUGUAGGAUCAGAGAUGCUUUUUGGGGAAAUUGUUGUUGUAGCAGAACCUACGUUUUGAAUAGGUGCCGGCAAAGAUUGAAGAUUUUAGAAAAAAAAACAGUUCAUGGUUAUGGUGUUAUUCUCUCUGCAAAGGUCUCAAAGUUCUGGUUUCUGGUACACGACCUUUGAACUUUAUCUGGAAAAAAGUUCUGGUUUAAUUGUAUCUGUGCAUUUUACCCUCCAGUGCCUCAUAGCUGUUUCUCUGUGCAGAUAUCUUGGCUUCCUCAUUUUGCAAAAAAUAAAUGUUUCUUAUGCUUUCUGACCUUUUUGUUCUAACUGUGGCAGUGAACCAGAAAUCAAACAUUAGACAGAUCUAACCCGUCCCCCCCAGAGCAGAACCCCACAGAGCAAAGACUGCCAUCUGUGAUGCAAUGAAAGGAGGAUGCAUCCCCACUAUUAACAACCAUCAAACAGCACUGGAAGAAAGGAAACAGGCUCAAGAAAUCCUGUCAAGCCUGCUGACGUGUUGUUGGGUUUGCUUGCUUUUUUGUCUCUGACAUCUUGACUGUAAGAAGACUAUUUCCCCCGUGAUGGCCGUAACAGUAAGACAUGAUGAAAAUGUUAAUUUUCCUGUGUCAACAAAAGAGGACUUUUCUGGUCUUGGGAGAGACAAGAGAGACAUGGACACACUGGCUUUAUAUAGAUUUUUCUAUAAUGUGUACAGACUGAAUGUAUAUUAAUUCAUGGUAAGAGUUGAUGUAAAGAUGAUGUUAUUCUAAGUGUCGGUCUUAAUGAUCUGUAAAAUAAAGGUGUCAUCAAACCAAA